AUGUCCAGCGUCGAAGCAGCCAAGCAAGCCGCCGCAAAGGUCGCCGUGAGCAACCACUACCCGAAAGACGCCCGCUGGGUUGGCAUCGGCAGCGGUACGACUAUCGUCUAUGUAGUCGACGCCAUCAAGGCUCUCGGUGUGGACACCUCCGCCACGAAAUACGUUCCAACCGGUUACCAGUCCAAGCAGCUAAUCAUCAAUGCCGGUCUGACGCCGGUUGAAUUCGACGGGAUCCCCCAGGGCACCGUUCUCGACGUUGCGUUCGACGGCGCGGACGAGGUCGAUGAUGAUCUGAACUGCAUUAAGGGUGGUGGCGCUUGCUUGUUCCAGGAGAAGCUUGUCGCCAUGCAGGCUCGGGAAUUCAUUUGCGUUGCUGAUCACCGCAAGCUCCAGCCUCGCCUCCUUUCAAACUGGAAGACUAUUCCCAUUGAAGUCGCCCCCAUUGCUGCCCACCGCGUUAUUGUCAAGUUGCAGGAGCUCGGUAGUGUCGAGCCUACCAUUCGAUCCUCCGCUAGUGCCAAGGAGGGCCCUCUGAAGACUGAUCAGGGCUUCUUCAUCAUUGAUGCUCCUUUCCCUCCCAUGUUGAUCAAGGCCGAUGUCGCCGCUGGCCAGGAGGGUAACGGCAAGAAUGGCGUUUGGGCAGUUGAUGUGUUGUCCCGCAAUAUCAAGGAGAUCGGUGGUGUGCUUGAGGUCGGUAUCUUCAGUGGUAUGACCGGGCCGGAGGCUUCCGCUGCUGGUGGUAUUGGUGGACAAAGACCCGUUGCUGCUUACUUCGGUAUGGCUGAUGGGUCUGUUUCUGUUCGCAAGGCGCAGUAG